AUGCUCUCGCUCUCCCCUUCGUCCCCACCGCCUCUUACUCCUCGGCGCGCCACCACCGCUCCCGUACCCGUCAGCCUCCUCCGCGGGGCCGCGGACCGGCGGGAUGCGCAGCUCACCUCCGCGCUCCACGCCGCCCUCCUCAAGUCCGGGGCGCUCGACCCUCCCCAGCCUCUCACCGCGUCGAACUCUCUCCUUCACGCCUACCUCCAAUGCGGCCUCCUCCCCGACGCGCUCCGCCUGCUCGACGAAAUGCCCCGCCGCGACGCCGCCACCUGCGCCUCCCUCGUGUCCGCUCACUGUCGCCUCGGCGCGCCCCUGGACGCCGUCCGCGCCUAUGUGGACAUGCUGACCCAUGAUGCCGACGAGGACGGUGGCCUCCGCCCCAACGAGUUCACGGCGGCCGCUCUCCUGCAGGCUUGUGGGCUGGCGAGGGACGCGAGGCUGGGAAGGAUGGUGCAUGGCCACCUCGUGGCGAGUGGGUUUUGCAGUGACUCGUUUGUGGUUGGCUCGUUGGUCAAUAUGUACGCCAAGGUUGGGGAUGUGGUGAGCGCAGAAGAGCUGCUUCUUGGAUUGGAUUUCAGGGAUGUAGUUUCUUGGACUGCGCUGGUUUCAGGUUGCGUGCUUAAUGGGAUGCUAGCAGAGGCUCUCGACGUGUUCGUGAUGAUGCUGGAGGAUAAUGUCCUACCCAACAACGUUACAAUGCUGAGUAUUAUUCAGGCGUGCUCUUUGAUGGGGGAGUCAGGAUUGUUCAGUUCAUUGCACGCGCUUGUUGUUCUGUUGGGGCUCAAGAACGAUGUGUCAGUUGUGGAUUCUCUCAUCGUGAUGUACGCUAAGAAUGAAUUUGUUGAGGAGGCCACAGGUCUUUUUAAGGAUUUGUACCUGAGAAGAGGAAAUGUAUGCUCUAAUGCUGAUGUUCUUUCUGCGCUUCUUUAUGGCUGUACUGUUUCAGGAUCCUUGAAGUAUGGGAAGGGAAUCCAUGCACGCUUGAUUAAAACAAAUGCUUUCCCAAGCGUUAGCAUUGAGAACUGCCUGAUGGGCAUGUAUGCUAGAUUUGAGCAAGUUGAUGCAGCAUAUGUGGUGUUCAAAGGCAUGAAAGAUAAGGAUAUUGUUUCGUGGAACACCUUGAUCUCAUGUCUGGCAAAGAAUGAUAAUGUGAAUGAAGCCGUGGAGCUUUUCAGCAUCCUUCAUGGUGGUGGUGGGCUUAUGCCUGAUGUUGUCACGGUCUUGAGCAUAGUACAGGCAUGUUCUAAUGCUGGAUUACUGCAGCAAGGGCAGAUGUUCCAUGGAUACAUUAUAAAAUCUGGAUCUCUUUAUGAUGUUUCAAUCUGUAAUGCUCUGAUUAGCAUGUAUGCUAAGUUGGGAAGAAUUGAUUUCUCUCAGCAGAUAUUUGAGCGGAUGGAUGUUAAGGACAUUGUUUCAUGGAACUCAAUGAUCAAUGCCUAUGGGAUGCAUGGCGAUGGCCUAUCAUCUCUAAGAAUUUUUAAUGAGCUGCAGAAUGAUGGAACACAUUCACCCAAUGCUAUCACAUUUACCAGUUUGAUAUCGGCUUGCAGUCACUCUGGUUUGGUUUCAGAAGGCUACAGAUGCUUUGAAAGCAUGAAAAAUGAGCAUGGAAUUGAACCUAGCAUGGAUCAUUAUGCUUCUGUAGUUGAUCUGCUUGGAAGAUCUGGGAGAUUUGCUGUGGCAGAGCAAUUUAUCAGGGACAUGCCUCUUUAUCCCGACUCAUCCAUUUGGGGACCUCUUCUGGCUGCUUGCUGUCUGUAUGGGAACGUUGAUCUUGCAGAAAAGACUGCUAAAGAAUUGUCAGUCUUGGAACCGGAGAGUGACAUAUGGAGAGUCUCCUUGUCAAAUAUCUAUGCCUCGGUUGGGAGAUGGAAAGACUCUGCAAAGGUCAGGACUGAAAUGAAGAGAAUUGGCUUGAAAAAGGAGACCGGGUGGAGUUUUGUCGAUGUAGGAGGGGUUGAAGGUUUUAAGUUUGUGGUAGCUGAUACAAGGCAUCGUGACUCUGAGCAAAUAUAUGCAGCAUUGUACAGUAUGAACAAACACAUGGCAGAUGUAGCUGGUGAUGUUCAUCAAUCGAGUAUAGUGAGUGUAAUUAGUUGA